UUUAGGGAGGCGUGAUCAUUCCUUACAGACACACAUUCUCUUCCUCCCAGUUUCCCAUAAACAAAGAUAGGUGAGUGAACAUUUAGGUUGUAUUUGUUUUGGGGGGUGUUUUGUCGUGUAGCUCUCACGCAAGGUGUGCGGUGUGUCGAUAGUGCCCACAGACUUUCUGCCGUUCUUUCAUAGCUUUGCCCCGAAGCGCGGCUGCGAUGCCGCGGUAACGACGCCCUUUUUAAUUUUUGUGCCACUUGGACCUUCCCUGGGAUACUCGGUGACAACCGACAGAGCUGCAAUUGCACUUUUUAACCGGUGCGGUGAGACGUAUGACAAAACAGUACGGUCGUUUGGUUGAAUGCCAUUUCCAUCUUGGACUAAGAUUUUCUGCUGUUGCCGCUGACAGCGGAUGGUGCCUCGCCAUGACGCAUCGGUCACAGUAGGGACGCGCCGCGGAAGAAGGUUUGGAUCAGACGGGAUCAGUAAGUCCGGAACGCAUAGACAGAAUCCAGUCACUGUCCAUUAUGUCUAACACGGCCAAGUUCAAAAAGGAGAAGGAAAUCCUCACGGAGUACGAGAGUCAGGUGAAAGAGAUCCGCUCUCAGCUGGUGGAGCAGCAGAAAUGUCUGGAGCAGCAGACGGAGAUGCGGGUGCAGCUGCUUCAGGACCUGCAGGACUUCUUCCGUAAGAAAGCCGAGAUCGAGAGCGAUUACUCCCGUAACCUGGAGAAGCUCGCCGAGCGCUUCAUGGCCAAGACGCGCAGCACCAAGGACCACCAGCAAUACAAGAAGGACCAGAACUUGCUCUCCCCAGUGAACUGCUGGUACCUCCUGCUAAACCAGGUGCGACGGGAGAGCAAGGACCACGCCACCCUCAGCGACCUCUACCUCAAUAACGUCAUCACGCGCAUCUCCCACGUCAGUGAAGACAACACACGCCUCCUUAAGAAGAGUAAAGAGAUCACUUUCCAGCUGCAGGAGGACCUGAUGAAGAUUCUUAAUGAACUGUACACGGUGAUGAAGACCUACCACAUGUACCACAGCGAGACACUGAGCGCCGAGACCAAGCUGAAGGAGGCGGAGCGUCAGGGAGAGCGGCAGGGCCGCGGGGGCGAGGUCUUCGGCCUGCGUCACGAGGAACGUCACCAGCGCCGCAACGCUGCCCGCAAGAUCCAGAAGAUGAAGGAGAAGCGUCAGGCCAAGUACUCGGAGAACAAGCUGAAGGUUAUGAAGGCGAGGAACGAGUACCUGUUAACUCUGGAAGCCACCAAUGCAGCGCUGUUCAAGUACUACGUCCAGGACCUGUCCCACUUGAUUGACUGCUGUGACCUGGGCUACCACGCCAGUCUGAGUCGGGCUCUGCGUACGUACCUGUCGGCGGAGUACAGUCUAGAGACGUCCCGUCACGAGGGCCUGGACAUCCUGGAGGGGGCAGUAGAGAGCCUGGACCCCCGUAGCGACCGCCAGCGCUUCAUGGAGACACACCCAACUGCUUUCACUCCCCCAGCUCGCUUCACAUACCAACCCCAUAUGGGUGACCAGGUGAAUCAGAUCACAGCGGUGCCACAGGUGCAGGCUGAGCUCCUGCUCCGCUACCAGCAGCUCCAGUCUCGUCUUUCCACGCUGAAGAUCGAGAAUGAGGAGGUCAAGAAGACGUCGGAGGCCACUCUGAGCACCAUCCAGGACAUGCUGAACAUGGAGGACUACGACGUGUCUGAGAGCUUUCAGCACAGCCGCUCCACGGAAUCGGUCAAAUCCAGUGUGUCGGACACGUACCUCAGCAAACCCAGCCUGGCAAAGAGACGCGCCAACCAACAGGAGACGGAGCUCUUCUACUUCACUAAACUGAAGGAGUACCUGGAAGGCAGCAACCUCAUCUCCAAACUGCAAGCGAAGCAUGACCUCCUGAAGAGGAGCAUCGCUGAGGGGUACAGAGCAGAUAUAAUGACGACCAGCCGUCGCCGGAACUCCCACAGUAGGAACCAGGACUCUGGGAAGGCCAUUCCGCCAAUAGUGGAGAGCUGCAUCCGCUACAUUAACCUCUACGGUUUACAGCACCAGGGUAUCUUCAGAGUGUCUGGCUCUCAGGUGGAGGUCAAUGACAUCAAGAACUCUUUUGAGCGAGGAAACGACCCUCUGACAGAUGAAGAGAACAACCACGACAUCAAUUCGGUGGCAGGCGUGUUGAAGAUGUAUUUCCGCAACCUGGACAACUCACUCUUUCCCAAAGAGAAGUUCAACGACCUCAUCGCCUGCGUCCGCACGGAGAAUCUGUACGAGCGGGCACUCUCUGUCCGGAAAAUCCUGAUGGCAUCACCACGCCCUACUCUUGUUAUAAUGAGAUACCUUUUUGCAUUCCUCAACCACCUCUCCCAGUACAGUGACGAGAACAUGAUGGAUCCUGGGAACCUGGCCAUCUGCUUCGGCCCGACUCUCAUGCCCACGCCAGACCUGCUGGACCAGGUCUCCUGCCAGGCCCACGUCAACGAGGUCAUCAAGACCAUCAUCAUCCACCACGAGACCAUCUUCCCCGACGCCAAGGAGCUCGAGGGUCCUGUCUAUGAGAAGUGCAUGAGCAGCACAGAGUACUGUGAGAGUCCCUACAGUGAGCCUGGAGUGUUUGAGGAGGGAGAACAGGAGGGCGGCACUGAGACGCAGACCAGUGAAGAGGAAGGUGAACCCGUGGAGGCCGUGGCCAAGUUUGACUACGUGGGCCGCUCUGGCCGCGAGCUGUCCUUUAAGAAGGGUGCACUGCUACUGCUCUUCCAGAGAGCCUCAGAGGACUGGUGGGAGGGGCAACACAAUGGCACCGACGGCCUCAUACCACACCAGUACAUCACACUGCAGGAGGACGAGGCCAUGUCGGACACACUGAGUCAGAAGGCCGACAGUGAGGUCAGCAGCAUGCCGUCAGACGAAGUGAGCUCCAGGAGGUCCUUGACCUCCCCCACCGAACCACGACUGCCAGAAACCUUCAUCAGUCGUCACAGAAAACGGACGGAGGCUCUUCUGCGACGUGUCCCCGGUCGCCUCGGUGAUGGCCACGGCAACGGCCUGGAGCGCAGCUCCCCGCCCGUGACCGUCACGGUGACGGGUCACUUCAGCCCACGGGAGCUGCUGCGGGCGCACACGGGGCCCCAGGACAGCCCAGAACUACUGCGUCGCCGUGGCGCUCACCCACCUGGGCCUGCCCCCGCCCCCAUCGCCACCAACGGCACGCUGACCUCCAGCGUUAGCCGCCACGAGUCCCUUCGCAGGGAGCGGGAGAGCCCGCCCAUCCGCCAGUCUCCAUCUGCCCUGCACUGCGGAGUCCCUGAGCAGUGGGCACGCAAGCUCAACCCACACACCAUGGCGCAGGACAUCGAGGAGACCAUGAGCCUGGCCCUGAGCGAGCUGCGUGAGCUGGAGAGGCAGAACGGGAAGUCGGCGGCGCCAGACCUGGUGCUCGACACUCUGGAGCAGGUGAAGAGCAGCCCGUCCCUGCCGUCCGGCUCCACCCCGUCCACGCUGUCCAGCCCGUCUGACUCCCCCAGCCCCCUGAGCCCCCACAACCCCCUCCCGCCCCUGCCGGGUCCUUCCUCACGCCGCUGCCCCAACGAGCCCCCCGCCACCUUUCUGCCCACCGCCUCGCCCCGCAUGGGCGUGACCCUCCGCCCCCCCGCUCUCCGACCCAAGCCGUCCGUGCUCCCCAAAGCCAACCCCCCGCCCACGCAGCAGUCCCCUGGCCCGCCCCCGAGCUUCCCCUCCGACAAAUCAGGCACUAUGUGAGCUCAGUCCCACACGGGGUCCAACUGGAAGAAACAGGGUCCGCUCUGAGCCCGAGGACUGGAUCACAGCUGCAGAAGGUCAGACAGGGUGAUUCUGCUAAUAAUGAACACAACGGUAUGGCUGAUGGCUAGCUUGCACGCAAGAGCCGUCAGAUAGAUUUAGUCUAUGAUAUUAUAAUCACUUAAUGUGUUGUCAGGGUGGUGUGUGUGUGUGUGUGUGUGUGUGUGUGCGCAUAACCUCUAAAGUGACUAGGACUUAACUGUGUGUGUGUGUGUGUGUGUAGAUACAUUUAUGACGAACACAUUCAGAGACGGCGGAGAGACUGCUUGAGAUUUUGUGUACGUGAAGUACUGUCAUUCCGUUUUUCAGAUGUCCAGCUGUGGGAAACGUAGUUUUUUGAGUCCUCCUUAGGUGCAAUGUAUUUUUAGUGCUUUGAUUUUGCUAGGCCUUAUUACAACAAAGGGAUGUGUCUUCCCUGCUAAAAGCAGGGCCAUUCUUAAAAGUUGCUGCUGCUUUUCUUUGAUGUUUUUUAAGUCGAUUACCUUAGUUGUAGGAAGUGACACAGGUGCCUCAUGAGAAAAGGGUUGUUCUCAUAUAGAAUGUUGGGUGUCUUGAUAGUCCAUGUAGAUUUAAAGUCACGCACUGCACCUCGCCACCCAGAGAGAGCAGCAGCGAGUUAACGAACGCCGAAUGUAUUUAAAGGAGCAGUAAGUAGAAUUUUCUGUUUAAAAAAACAACAAAAAAAAACAACAAAAAAAACUAUUGUAACAUUAUGGUGGUUGGUGUGUAAUUUUAUAUUCUGUAACCCAUAGGGAAUUGCCUUUUUCUAGAAUGUGGUUGAAUGCAGAAUUCAUCAUAUUCGGAUGCUGCAAAAAGCCAUGUCAAUCAGCCAGCUGGGAACCUGACAGGCAGUCGAAAUACUACAUAGUGCUCCUUUUAGGUGAAUGUUCCACGUUUUUCACUCCAAUACCACACCAAGCCUUUAUCACCAGAUAAACCUCCCCCUUUUACCGUGAAAAGGCAACCCGAGGCCUGAUUGGAUGCUAGAGGAGGGGCACAGGCCAGACAUUCUGAGGGCCCAUGUGUACUUAUAGCUUUAAUGAGAUUUUAAAUGGCACUUGCUGUGGAAUUGGAUCUACCUGUACACUGGGUCAUGGCAAAGGAAAGGACAGAAGUAGAAGGCAUCGUCAAGACCGGUGGGUCAGAACAAGCUUGAACAAGCAUGACCUCAGCAACUGGGCCACGCCUUCCCUCGGGUUGUCAUGGUAACGCUUCCGUUCUGCCACUGCUGCUCCGUUAGAGGUGCAGCAGCGAUCGACCAUUCUGAUGUUCGGCCUGUACUUCCAGUGUGUUUGGGCGUGUGUGCGUGUGCCGAAGGUCUAUAGCAGACUCUCUUGUGAACACACUUUAAUAGUUCAAGCUUAACGGGCUCUCUUGUGUGUGUGUGUGUGUGUGUGUGUGUGUGUGUGUGUGUGUGUGUGUGUGUGUGUUCAUUCAGCAGAUUCAUGGUGCCUGGUUCUAGGUCUUGGGUGAAGUGUUGAAGGGUAAAUGGAUUAUGCAUGCCUGCGGCGAGAGUGAGAACGAGUGAACUGAGGAUGUGCAGUAACGCAGAAUGUGAACCAUAUGCAGGUGUGUGUGUGUGUGUGUGUGUGUGUGCGUGCGUGAUGGAGAGAGAUUGUGUCAACAGACAGAGAUCAGCAUCUGAUUGCAAGCGUCAUGAGUCAACCAAACAGCCAUGUUUUCACUUUUUAUGCACAAACAAAAUGAUUCACUUCCCUAAUUGUUCCUCUUUGCUUUUUUCUACCUGCAAUAUUUUAUACUUAUUUAUUGAUUGUGUGGGUAUAGAUGUAUUUUCUUUUUAAAGUCUGGUGCUCUCUCGCGUGAUGCCGUGUGUGUGUGUGUGUGUGUGUGUGCGCGCGUGCCCCUGCAUUUGCUGCCACUCCACACCGCUCUAAACUUUCCCUUUCCUGCUCCAUCUCACACACACUCUUCCCCACCCACACACGCUGUGUUUUUUCACGCGAAAGUGCCUUUCAGGGUGUAUGUUGUGCGGAGGAGCCUGUUCUGCUAAGAAUGCGUGCUCCUGUCUUUCUCUGAAGCGUCGUUCCGAGAAUGAAAUGAUCCGAAUAGAGCUCUUUCCAAACAUUUCACCAUCAAAGGAACCAUAAAUAUGUACAUUUAAUUCAUUGUGACGUUGCACUUUCAUGUAUAGGAUUGUAUUUGGCAUGUAGCAUUUAUCAUGUUCCAGUGCAUUUUAAAAAGGUGUCAAAACUGAAUGUCUUUGAAAUAAAGUAAGU